GCUGGUCUGUGCUCGUCGCGUUUCACCAUUAUGGUGCAAAAGUCCCGGAACGGCGGCGUGUUCCCCGGAGCGCAGGCCGACCAGAAGAAGCUGAAGGUCGGCUUCGUGGGUCUGGAGGCCGGCGGGGGACCGGAGAGCAGCCGGGACGGAGCUCUGCUCAUCUCAGGUGGGGAUGAGGGUCCUCGGCGGCAGCGCAGCAGUGUGUCCGGGGGUAAGAAGCCCCCCAAACGGAACGCUCUGUACCGCCGGCUUCAGAACUUCCUGUACAACGUCCUGGAGAGACCUCGAGGAUGGGCCUUCAUCUACCACGCUUAUGUGUUCCUGCUGGUGUUCUCCUGCCUGGUUCUGUCUGUGUUCUCCACCAUCAAAGAGUACGAGAAGAGCUCCGAGGACGCACUCUACAUCCUGGAGGUGGUGACCAUCGUGGUGUUCGGGGUGGAGUACAUGGUGCGGAUCUGGGCCGCCGGCUGCUGCUGCCGCUACCGAGGAUGGAGAGGACGGCUCAAGUUCGCCAGGAAGCCCUUCUGCGUCAUCGACAUCAUGGUGCUGAUCGCGUCCGUCUCCGUCCUGGCGGCGGGGACGCAGGGAAACGUCUUCGCCACGUCGGCCAUCCGGUCCCUCCGCUUCCUGCAGAUCCUCAGGAUGAUCCGGAUGGACCGGAGGGGCGGGACCUGGAAGCUGCUGGGAUCCGUGGUGUACGCCCACAGCAAGGAGCUGAUCACUGCCUGGUACAUCGGCUUCCUGUGUCUCAUUCUUGCCAGCUUCCUGGUCUAUCUGGCGGAGAAAGAGGACAACGAGCAGUUUGAGACGUACGCCGACGCCCUCUGGUGGGGACUGAUCACCUUGACGACCAUCGGCUAUGGAGACAAGUUCCCGGUCACCUGGAAUGGACGUCUUCUGGCUGCAACCUUCACCCUGAUCGGAGUGUCUUUCUUCGCUCUGCCUGCUGGGAUCCUGGGUUCUGGAUUUGCUCUGAAGGUCCAGGAGCAGCACCGACAGAAACACUUUGAGAAACGACGAAAUCCAGCAGCUGGACUCAUUCAGGCUGCUUGGAGAGUUUAUGCCACCAAUCUGAGUCGGACUGAUUUGACGUCAACCUGGGACUACUAUGAGAGGACGGUGUCUGUCCCCAUGUACAGGUGA